GUCUCACAUAAUACUCGCCUCAUUUACUACUUGGCAACUCAUUCCUGAGAAAGGUCAAUAUUUGACAAAUGGCUGCCAUCUGUCACUUUCCUGCGGAAUAAACAGUACGUACGGACGGAUCGCUUAUUUAUUUUGUUUUAAAUAAUAAUGGACAUUGAUGAAAUUUGUCGAUUAUGCUGUUCAACGAAGUUUGUCAACAAUGAUAUUUUUGAUGAAGAAAAUGCGUUAUAUCUAAAAUUGUCACUAUACUUGCCAAUAAAGGUUUUCAGAAACGACAAACUUCCCCAGAAGGUGUGCGAUAAAUGUAGCUGCAAAGUGAACGACUUUUAUCAGUUUUGUAACGAAACCAUUGAAGUACAAAACAGGUUGCGCAGUUUAUUUUUGCAGUCUGGAGCGGGUACAGAUGGCUCUGUGGACCUCACACUAGUAAAAGACAGCAGAUCACCACCGCCAGCUCCUGCCCCGGCAGAGCACUGUGAGAGAAGUACCCAGACCGACAACACAGAUGCAAGCUCUGACUGCAAUGCCGCUGUUCAGGUCAAAGAAGAACCAAAGAUCGUUCCACUAUCCCCUGUCAAACAAGAAGAAGAUGAUUAUUAUAACAUAGAGUCGGAUCCAUACGGGGGAGGCUCAUCAGGGAGUGAGGAUAUCUCAUUAAUUAAUCUAAAAACAAAAAAGACCACUCACAAAAGAGGUAGAAAAAAGAAGACUAAUAAUAUCAAAGAUUGGGGGGAACUGAUGAACUACCUGCCUGAUGGUGCACUCACAGUAGUCAGUAAGGAGGAGGUGGACGUACCACUGACCAGCAUCAAGGAGGAGGUGCUGGUAGACAAGGACGGGCACGGGAAGGAGAUAGAUCUGUACAACUGCUGCAUUUGUUUUGCCCAGUGUUUUAGUAGGUCUGAGAUGAUGAAGCACUACAGACAGCACGGCGCCGAGGCGUCGUGCGCGGAGGCCCCGCAGCCGCCGCCCGCGCCGGAGCUGGAGCCGCUGCGCUGUACUAGGUGCAGGAAGGUGGUGCCCCGCGCGGAGUGGGGCGCGCACUGGGCGCGGCACUGGGAGCGCGACCGCCGCCCCUACCGCUGCAAGCUGUGCGAGAAGACGUUCCGCGACCCGCACCAGAUACUCAAACACGGAGAGACCCACAACUACGAGGCGGGUGCGUCCGCCGAGCCAGCCGACAAACGGUUCCUGUGUGACCUCUGUCCGGAGGCAUUCGUACACAUGCGCUACCUACUGUCGCACCGCACCCGCGUGCACCCCGAGGCGGCGGGGCGCGCGGUGGCGCUGCGCUGCAGUGUGUGCGAGCGUCACUUCGCCCACAUCAACUCGUUGCGCCGCCACCUGCGCUCCCACUCGGGGGAGCGGAACUUCCUCUGCAACGUCUGCGGCAAGGCGCUGUCCUCGCGCGAACACCUCAAGUUCCACAUCCGCAUACACACCGGAUACAAGCCCAACGUCUGCAAAACGUGUGGGAAGGGGUUCGUGAAGAAGUGCAACCUGACGUUACACGAGCGCGUGCACUCGGGGGAGAAACCUCACGUCUGCUCGCACUGCGGGAAGGCAUUCAGUCAGCGCUCCACACUCGUCAUCCACGAGCGGUACCACAGCGGCGCGCGCCCGUACAUGUGUGCGCUGUGCGGGCGCGGGUUCGUGGCCAAGGGGCUGCUGUCCAUGCAUCUCAAGACUACCUGCAUAUAGUGCACGCACGCCUGGUCGGGGCCGGCUCCCGCCCCCCGCCAGCCAGUCUACUGAGCGUCCAGUAUUACAGCGCCACUACGCAGUGAUCUCUUAUACUUGUACUCUACAUUCUACAUGCACAAAUAACAAUGUAUCGGGUCUCUAUAUUUGAGUAAAUUGUUUAAUUCACUGGAGGCAUGUGUGAUAAGUACUUUAUCAGAAUAUGGAUGGGUAUCAGUAAUUCGAGGGAUGUCAUCGGUGAGGUCACCACAACACGCGUAAUGUUCCACACACUUCCACCACUCUGCCACCGGCGGCGCCACAGUCGCACAUCCUAAGCCCCCGCUCUAACUCGCUAUUACUUGUACUACCCCUCAUUUGUGAGUUUGAUAAUACAGUUGUAUACUUAAGUAACGGCCCCGUGCUGUGUCACUACAAAUUAAUGCGUUGUUUGUUUACUACAUCUUUAUAGAGGCGUACUUAAUGACGUUAGAAACAAUGGAGGCGAUGAUAACUGUGACUGUAAAUAUUUUCAUUACACAAAUAUAUUAUGUUAUCUUCACGGAAAUAUGUUUUGUUAACAUAUGCGUACUUUACUAGAUAUACUCGAAAUGUCCCAGGUCUAUACAGUGCUAUAGUACCUAAUACUGGUCUAUGUAUCGCCACCCACUGGCUGGGCACAUGUGCAUCAUAGCAAAGAUCAUCAAAUUAUUAUCACUCGUGUAUAAAUGUAAUUUGCAUAAUUUUAAGACACGACAGUCCUCACUAAAUGAUAAGUAAUGUAAUUAUAUUUUGAUAACGAUUCUGUUGACACGUACCUACCGGUGCAGUGCAGCACGCUUAGGUAUAUGUGAUGUCUUACUUUAGCAGUGGAGGACCUUCCGGAGUCAACUGUACUGUUGUUACUAAUAGUAAUAAAACUACUCGUAAGUAGGGGAAUGAAUUAGUAAAUAUAAAUAUAUUGGUAUUGUUCCUUUCUCCUCGCCUUGUGCGAGGUCCUCGGCUCCUACAGUGCGGCGCGGUGUAACGCGGGGACUACACGCACUGACUGUACGUACGUACGCUACGUACGGCAGUGUGCGCUGGACAGUGUCGGCCCCGCCUUAGGGUGCUUACAUAAAGAACAGGUUUCAGGAACAGAAUCGGUACCGAUCGCACAUAUUUCAAAGAAACAUUCCGCUUGGGUCAUUCGGUAUCUGUUUUUUUAUAAGUUAUAUAGAAAUAUACCUGCGCCGAUCGGUACCGACCCGUCCAGAUCUGUCUGUUUGUAUAAGCCGUGGCCCCCGGGUGCAGCAGUCCGGAGUAUGGAGUAGUAUGGAGUAGCGACAAGUGCCUGCCCUUGUGAUAUGUAGCGGAGUGAGGGACGCGGCGCUCUCUGCAGGGCCAGUCUCUAGUUCCAACGUAAGGUAACUAUACACUUCAGGAGAUAACUAAUUAGUCCUAAUUUAUACCCACACAAAGUACUAAAUAUUAUUUUACUUAGUAUUAACAGAAUGACUUCCAUUGUUAUAUUUUUGUAAUAAUUCAUAAUAAACGGCAUUUAAUAUUAGAUUUGAUGAGACGUUGUGUUUGUUCUGGUACUGGAGCUGCGGCAAACGGCGAUUUUUUGUUAACGUUCAAAAAUGCCUUUCUGAUCUAAUUGAAAUAAAUGAUUAUGACUGACUUUGAAUCCUGUCCUGUAAUGUAUAGUGGCCAGCCUGUUGGUGAACUUGAAAAACUUUUUCAUUGGAGUUUCGCUUUACUAUCAAAACAAUAAAGUUCAAAAUCUGAUGAAGUACGUUGACAUGCUGGCCAAUGUACAAUUGUAUUUAUGUUAUGUACGGAAGACGUUCCUUACUGGUCGCUAGAUGUCGCUGGUCGCUCAGAUUGUAUGUAAGUAGUUUAGUUUAAUUGUAAUCGCGCCGCAGCUCCCGUUAUCAUUUAAUUCCUUCUAAUUGUGCUCAGCAUCGAAUGGAAAUGUGAAUGCAACACAAUAAUGUAAUAAAUAAUAAUGUUUGUGAUGACUUGAUGACUCGGCAAACUAUCAUGUGUUGAUGUUACAGAUAACAGAACAUGGAGUUAUUAACUAA